UAUUGUUUAUUAUAAGUUUUCUGAUGUUUCAACCGGGGUGUGUAAUCUAAUCCCCCAGCAGUGUUCGCAACAAAAAGUUUAUGGGAAUCGUAUGUACCUUGGUCACCGCAAAGGCGCGAGGGGCGUUAUAAUGGGGUGUUGUAGGCACAGAGAGGAGCAUGUUGUUUGUGGGGUGCCUGUUGCUGAGGAUCCCACUAAGAAACCCAUAGGACUGUAGGCGUGGCAUGCUGAAACAGAGGUGUCUGGUUGAUGGACUAGUAAAUUGCUUUUUAUAAGCCCUGGCAGUGGCUGCAAUGCCCAAACUGGCUGAUGAAGGCCCAUUAUUUAGGGCUGAAGGAUGAAGAUCACUUACGUUGGCCUCAUUAAAGUUUGCUUCUUGGUGUUCCUGUUGCUCUGUGCCACAGUACUCCUGAACAUUUCAUGGAGACAGAGGGAUUCUUCACAAUCUUUGCAGCACUGUAAUUCAACUUGUUCUGACAAGUACCUGGAGACCAAAUUGAAAGAAGCUCAUUUAACUGGUCGGCAUAAGAAAUGGGAGACUUACAGGUUGGAUGCAAAACCAACUUCUGCUACAGGACAAGGACACCAGCACUUUGCGAAGGAACCAUUACAGAUAAAAGAUUUGUUUAUUGCAGUAAAGACCACAAAGAAAUAUCACGGGAACCGUCUGAAUCUUCUCAUGCAAACCUGGAUCUCCAGAGCAAAAGAACAGACCUUUAUAUUUACAGACUGGGAAGAUCAAGAACUUCGACAAAAAGCAGGAGAUCAAAUGGUGAACACAAACUGUUCUGCAGUGCACACACGUCAGGCGCUCUGUUGCAAGAUGGCUGUUGAAUAUGACAAAUUUGUUUUGUCAGACAAAAAGUGGUUUUGCCAUUUAGAUGAUGACAAUUAUCUGAAUCUGCAUGCACUUCUGGAUCUGUUGUCGACAUUCUCACACAGCACAGAUGUUUAUGUUGGGAGGCCCAGUUUAGAUCAUCCAGUUGAAACUGUGGAUCGAAUGAAAGGUGAUGGCUCGGGCUCUCUAAAGUUUUGGUUUGCGACUGGAGGUGCUGGAUUCUGUAUCAGUCGCGGUCUUGCACUUAAGAUGAGCCCUUGGGCGAGCAUGGGAAACUUCAUCAGCACCGCUGAGAAGGUGCGUCUCCCUGAUGACUGCACUAUAGGCUACAUAAUCGAGGGGAUGUUAGAUGUGAAGAUGCAGCACAGUAACCUGUUCCACUCACACUUAGAGCAUCUGCAGAGACUUCCAACUGAAUCUCUCUUAAAGCAGGUGACUCUAAGCUAUGGCGGCCCGGAUAACAAAUGGAAUGUUGUGAGAGUGAAUGGAGCUUUCAGCCUGGCAGAGGAUCCAACAAGAUUUAAGUCGGUGCAUUGUCUCCUGUAUUCAGACACAGACUGGUGCCCUAACCAUAAACACAAGCCAACAACAUAACUUUUUCAUCCCAGUGGACGUGGGAUGUGAUGUGCAUGGUUUACUGACUUCAUUCUCAGUGCACAGAACUGAAUUUACUAACGUCAACCAAACACCAAAACAAGGGCCUAAGCCUAUGAAAAUUCCUAGCUUUGAACAGGCUACUUCCUUUGCAUCUUCUAUCUGUUACAGCACUGGACACCUGCUCUGAACUCCCUUAUGGUCCAGGAUUACAAUUCUUUCAAUGUGCUCUGUUAUGUGCCCAGCUUCAGCAUUACUGUAUGUGUUUGAAAUAGCAGCCAUACUUAUAAAGGGAAAGCAAAACUAAACAUUACAUGUUUGUAUGUUGUAGAGAGAAGGUACAGAGUUGCAGACAUUGCACCUGCCUACAGUGUACCAAAAAUUAUUUUCCCCUUUUUAGGUCUAGCUAGAUUGAUGUGUUCACUUUAAAUUGCUUUUUUCUUUUCCUUUAUGUACUGUACUGUACUGUUGCUUUCUUGGGGGAAUGAAUGGACCCACAUUCAACGCUGCAUAGCCAAUGACUAGUAAACAGAGCAGACACUUUUUGCUGAUCCUAAUUUAUUAUAACUUUCUUGACUGUGGGGAACAUUUUUCUUACAGUUAGUAAUGUUUUUUUUUUUUUUUUAACAAAUCGACACAUUUAUUACACACGGUACUUGUCAGUUUAUCAGAACACUGUCAUCCAGUGCUUUAAUAUCACAUGACAUUAAGGUUUUAUAUACUGUUCAGUGCAAUACAACAAUCCGUGUGAAUUUAGCAGGAAGUGCAGAGAUUCACCUGAAUCCUGAGCUCAGUCCUUAAAGGGCAAGGAAAGGUAAAAUCGCUGAGGGGGGCAAAAUUGCUAGGCAACUAGUUGCUUAGCUGUAACCUCAACCUGUUUUUUUUAAAAAUAAAUAAAUAAAUAACCCAGCCAGGAUUCAACAUGCCACAUUCUUCUUUCUUUCCUCCAAACGCUCCCUUCAGUUUGAGUUGGUGAUUUCUCUAUUUCUGUAACGUCACCUCCAGUAGUUUCACCCUUCUUUCUUUAACUUUAUGCACAUUUUAUUAAAAAAAAUUAUAGCUUGCUUAGCAAAAAAGAAAAGAGCUGAAAUGCUACACUAAAGUGCAAUCAAGUUUCAAGCUCCAGUGGCUUAAAAUAUAAGAAAUACUUGUGAGUAUGGAUGUUUUUAUUGCUAAAGUAUGGAGGAGUACUUGGACUUGUUGACAGCUUUUUCCAUUUGAUCACAUUCCUAAUGUGUUGUUACUGGGCAAAAAAUAAAUUAUUUAAAUACUUUUUGCAAGAA